AUGUCAAAAGAAAUCCGAGCCCAUCCAGUGCCUGCUUAUGUCUUUUUCCCUCUCUAUCAUGAUAUUAUGCAGCAAAAUGAAGAACGUAGAAAGUCACUAAGAGAGAGGAGGCGAGAGAUCCUUCUAGCUACACAAAAGCCAUUUCAGUUUAUUGAGCGGGAAGCACAAAAGAAAGAAAUGAAGAAAAUGCAGUUGAAGGACGUUUCUUCACCAGAAAAGAAAGCAAAAGUAUUCAAAGCAAAGCCAGUUCCUAAAUUUGUUUAUAGUUCAGAAAUUAAUGAGAAGCUAAAGGAGGAAGAGCUUUAUAGAGAUAUUAGAAUUCAGAUGAGAUCAGAAGAACUUCUGCGCAACUCAUCUCUUCCUAACAGUAGGUUAGGAAACAGGGGCAUUAAUAAGAAUAGGCAGCAAAAUCAUCUUGAGCUGACUAAAGAAGUGGAACACAAACCAAAGACCAAAGCCAAGGUCCCAGAUUUUGAAAUUUUACAUCAAAAAUUCCUGAAGCGGCUUCAGAGACAGAAGAAUGUGAAACACAUUACAGCCUGUGAACCCUUCAAUCUCUGUACACCAAAUAUAGCAUCCAACAAAGAGAAAAUUCUUGAGGACAUUCAAAUGGAUGAAGAAAAAUUAAAGGAAACACGCUGGCCCUAUGCUUCUUCAAGAGCUAAGCCUCAAAUGAGGUCUUUGAAUGCAAAUUCAUCUCCUUCAGGCUGUGAAGAAUCUGUAUCUCCAAGAAUUACAGAAUCUACAAGACGACGACUACAAGUAGUCAGGUGAGCUGUUCACAGGCCUGGACUGAUGUAAUUGUCGUUAGUUUAAUUUCAAGUUGCUUGUGGAAAAUAAAACCAUGUUGAUGCAAUAAGGUACUAAAUACUUGUUUUAGUUAUCGCUGCAUAUCUUAAGUGAAGUUAAAACUCUGAUCCACAUGGGAUUAAUAAAACUAUUAUUCUCUGUUUAUAAUGGUUUUACUAAUUGCAUGUGGAUAUUUUUUUAUAUAAGUAAUUUUUAUUGGUUUUCGUAUCUGUUUAACAACAAAUAAGUAGACAACUAAACAUAAUCAUGUUAAUCAUAUUAAUUUUGGUUUUUUUGAUAACGAAAUAUGAAGAUUAUCUUUGAAUGCGUGAAAUUCAUGCUAUUUUGGAGAGGAAUUCAGUAUUGCAGUAAGGCAAUCAUUUCAGAUGAAAUGAACCCCCCUUUCCUUCCUCCAUGUGCUGUUCUGGGGCUUUCAGGGAAUGGGGGCGGGGCGGGGGGGGGAAGUCCUUCUUCUCCCCAUAAUUGUUUUAAGCUACACUCCAUUGUCAGCAGCUGAUUUUGCGUCCCCUCUUCCCAGAUCUUGUGUCUGGUGUUGGGGCACCAGUCACUUUGCCCUAGUUACACAACUGACAAGACCAAGGGGGCCAACCAUUUCCUGAGUUCAGUGUUCUGAUGUAGUGGUUGUAGCAAUGGAUGUCUCCAGAGAACUGUGGAUGGAUGGUUGGCUAUGUUCUCUUUUAGGGCAAGGAAACCAUCUUUGAUUAGUCUCACGGUGGAGUAUUAGAGGAAGUACAUUGUUACAUUGCAUGUAUGUCUGAACUCACAUGCAUGUCCCACACUCGUGUAUUCAUACACACGCUACUGAGAGGUUUAGGAUCCUUUGAUAGAGUUAUGAUGUGCGUCCGUUGUGCCAACAAGAAGUUCCUACACCAGAGAUGUAUUAUAUGAAAUGAAAGUGUCAGAAUAGAUAAAUGUUGCUUCAGAAAGCAAAAUUACAAUUUAAGCAGGCAAAGAGUGAGUGAAAGAAUCCUUAACUGUUCUCAAAAGCCUAUAGAAAAUGAGCGCGACAAUUUCACCACAGAACCCACACUAAUAGCAAGUCAAUAAAUGGAGCGGGGGAAGGUAGACUUGUCCUUGAAGCGAAGUAAGAAUUCUUUCUUGGAGCUUGGAGGGCUAACCAACCAUUGAAAACCAUUGUAAAAAUUUUAGCCAAUUCAUUCUAAUGGAGAAGGGAGGGAGCUCUGAGAUGAGCAAUUCCUAUAAUUUUAGUAUUUCUAUUGUUCUGUUGUUCCUUCCCAGAGUUUCCUGCCUAUUUCCCAUUUUCUUUAUUUUGCUUAAUAAAACGUUGAAAGGAUCUAGUGAGCAAUGACUGAACUGUUUAUCCUUGUUUACUUCCUGUCUUAAAGUUACCUUACUAUUAUCGUGAUCAUCCAUUCAGGUGUUGAUUAGAUGUUAUUAGUUGCUGCUAGAUUUACACGUGCUGAUAUUUACACAAGGUAUUUGGAGCUCAGGAUGUCUCUUCAGUGCCUUCCAGGACAUAUUUUUGAGAUACGGCUGGUACCAGCAUCAAGAAAGUUCAUAAUGGGGAUCUCCUGUUAUAUUAAGUUAUGCCAACCUUCUUACUCAUUCCAUGAUCUACAAUAAUAAGUCAUAGAAAAAGUUGAGAUUGACACAUACCCAUUCACAUCAUUUUUUAUUAAAUGUAUCACAAGACUUAACAAAAUAUUCCAGCAAUUCAAAAGAAAGAAAGAAAAACAAUUGCGCACAAUCAUGUAUAAGGGUAAAGAGAUAAAACAUAUUUUUAAAUAAUAAAAAAUAAACUUACACAAAAGCGGCAACAUGGCAGUAUUCCAAGACAGGACACAGGCAUCAGAUGAAAUAAUAUUUGGGUGGGAUUUGCCAUCUGUGUGAAGUACAUUACUUCUUGAUCUGUGUAAGUUUAUCCUUGAAAAAUUCUAUAAAGCCUUUUCUCAAUUUAAAUUUAUUUAGUUCUACUUUAUUUUGUUAUUCAGGGAGUCAGCAGAGGAAAAAAGAAAGGUAGAAGAAGAGAAGAAGAAAAAUAAAACAAAACAAAAAGAAAGAGCAAGAAAGCUACAGAGACUUAUAUACACCCGGGCUGAGGCAAAUGAUCCCCAUCAAAGUCUAGCUCAGAUGCAUAAAUCAAAGUUUAAAAUACUCAGGUAUUCUGCUAUUGUAGCCUCCAAAUCCUGACCCAAUAGGUGCAAGAUCAUUAGUUCCGUAGCAGACCCUCAAAGUGUGUAACAUAGUUUAGUCUUGCUGCUUCUAUUUUUAUUUUGCUGUCAAAGUUCAUCAUUAAAUUCCAUACCAUUUCCAUGUCAUGGUAUAUUAAAAAAACAGGAAACAUGAAAAGCAGAGAAUGAAAGAAUAUCUCCAGGAGCUGGAAGAAAUGGAAGAAAGAGUGAAAAAGAGGCCGCUGUUGUUGGAACAAGCCACACAG